ACACACACUCGCAUUUUAUGCACAUUGAUUAAAUACAAAAAUAUAUAUAAAUAAUAAUACAAAAUAUAAUUAGUGUGCCCAAAAAUACAUUACCUUAUACUUAUGAAAUGGAAAAUCAUUUUUUUUCGUAUUUCAGAAAGGACUAAUCGAAGAAAAAUUCUAAUAAAUUGGCGAUCACUCCAAAUGUCUGCUUUGAAAUUAUAAUUUUCUCUUUGCCUCGGUGAAACUACAUGUCCGAUUGAUCGCAUAUGCCGAUCAACGCAACGUCAUCGCAACUGAUCUUCUAGUCUGAGGGUCGUGCAUUGUAUCGGACCAAGCCAUUUUUACAGCGAUCGCCAAACGAACCAGAAGCCCGAAGCCGUAGAACUGCAUCAGACAACACGAAAAAAUGUUUUCCACAAGAUUUUUAAUCGCGUUUGCGCUUUACUGUCUGGCUUUGGACACCACUUCGGGAAAACCUUUGGCUGACGGGCUGAAGGCUUGCAAGAAAAGCGAUCCGAAAUUGGACGAAUGUCUUUUGAACAUGCUCAGACAGGCUAAACCUCAGCUCAUGCAAGGUAACCCGGAACUGAAUCUGCCGCCGUUGGACCCUGUACACAUCCCCAGGGUUUCGGUGUACAAGAAUUUGCAAGAUAUCCGGGUGACUGGAGAGCUAUCCAACUUGACAGCUAAAGGCGCCAGUUCGAUUACCUUCAAAUCGUUAAAAGUCAAUUUGAAAGCAAAUACGUGGGACAUGGUCAUAGCGAUUCCCCUCGUCACGUUCGUCACGGACUUCAAUUUGAACGUCACGCUAAAAGUUAUUCCUAUGCCUGUCUUCGGAAAUGGACUGUGUGAAGGAAAAAUCAGUCACAGCGUCGUUCGAUUUCACGCCAACACCGAAGUGAAACAGAGAAAAUUGAAGUUGAACGAUAUCAAAAUCGAUCUGAACUUGGGUGACGUGGAAGUGCACAUCAUCAAAUCUCAAAACCCAUCAUUAGCUCAAACGACUUCGCAGUUUUUCAACAUGAACAAGCGCUUGAUCCUAGACCUGGUGACGCCCGUUGCCGAGGACGUGGUCCGACAGAUGUUGCUCCGGUACGGUAACAGAAUUCUGUCCACCGUGGAAAUCUCCGAUCUCUUGAUUGACUGAGCCGUCAAAAAGUCGUCGUGGGAUUAUUUCGGGACGGUUACGUGUCAUGUACGUGCAACAGUCAUUACACGAUAAUAUUAUUAGGUACCUUCCUAGACUCAAAAUAGUACUAUGGUAAUAUAUAUGUAAUUGUAGACUAUUCGAUUGGAGCACUAAGCACAUUGUACGAAACUCGCCUUCGACCUAAAUCCCGAUACUUUGAUUUAUGCGAUCGGGUAUUACCAUAUAGGUCUCACAAUAAUUAUAUGUGUCUGUAUACCUAUAUGGUCUCACAAUAAUUGUAUGUGUCUGUGUGCCUAUGUAUCUCACUGUCGCAAAAGCCGUAAUAACAAUAACUUAGGUAUUAUAAUAUAUAGUGCGUAUGCAGACUUACAGUAGUACGUACCGA